AUGGACCUACGGUCCCACCACCGCGCCGCGUCGCCCUCCGCUCCAGGGGCGGCUUCCGCCGGCGUCGCGGCCGACGAGUCGCGGGUGGAGAACCGGGGCGACGAGGAGAAGGACGCACUCCCUAGGGAGGAGGUCAUCCGGCGGCUGCGGCUGCUGCGUCAGCCGGCCACGCUCUUCGGCGAGGACGACGCCGUGCGACUCCGCCGCCUCCACGCCGUGCUCGAGGACCCCACGGCGCUCGCCGACGUCGACUCGGCGAAGAUCGGGGAGGGGCAGACCAACGACUUCCUCCACGAUAUCCAAGCGCUACGGGCGAAGGCCGUCGCAGCAUCGGCGGUGAAGCCCAAGGCUAGCGCUGUGGAGGGAAGAACGGUGGUGGGCGGAGGCGAGGCGAGGAAGGUACCGUUCGAGGAGCUCUGCGACGAGGACAAGAUCAUGGCCUUCUUCAAGAGGCUGAUGAGCGAGUGGAGCCAGGAGAUGGACGAGAUGCCCGAGGCGGAGAGGCGGACGACGAAAGGGAAGGCAGCGGUGGCCACCUGCGAGCAGUGUGCACACUACCUCGAGCCGUUGUUCGAGCUGUGCAAGAAGAAGUUUGAAGACAUUGACAGAACCUGGCAAUCACAAUUCACAGCGCAUCCAGUGAACAAGACAUCAGAUAUUACAUGUUAUGCUUUUAGGAAGCUUGGUGAUCCCUUCAUGAUUUCCCUGGCUCUCCCUGAAGAUGUUCGUGGAUCAUUGCUGGAGGUGGUGAGGUGCUGCCUGAGACGGGACUACUUGGCCGCGGUGGACAACUACAUCAACUCGCCAUGGCCAAUCGGCGUCACGAUGGUGGGAAUCCACGAGCGGUCGGCCCGUGAGAAGAUCUACACCAACAGCGUGGCGCACAUCAUGAACGACGAGACGACCAGGAAGUACCUGCAGUCCGUGAAGAGGCUGAUGACCUUCUGCCAGAGGAAGUACCCCACGGACCCGUCCAGGUCGGUCGAGUUCAACAGCUUGGCCAACGGCAGCGACCUGCAGUCCCUCCUGGUGGAGCAGAACGCCAAGAACUCGGGGGAGACGCUUCGGUUGGUGGCCGCGUCGUGACGAAGAAUCUCCUCCAUGGGGUGUAUUAUUGUCCUGCGUGUGUCCCGAUUCUAGAGCACGCAUGGUGAAAUUGAUGUCUUCCUUCGACGACAUCGCUAGUAAUUUGUCAUGCUGUAAUUGAAAAUAAUUACAGGCGUUCUGCUGAAUUGUCUGUCCAGUCGUCCUUGUACUGUUAAUUGGCUGAUGAUUAGUGUUGUUGUUGGACAUCACAAAACUUGAUCGAAUGUUGCUUUUCUUGUUUGGCACAUACUAUAA